AUGGCUACAGCUGCAACUUUGGCACUGGCAUCUUUUGUUUUUAAAAAGGUAUUUGGAAAUAAGAUGAUAAUCCCUUCCUUGGAUGGGGACCUUUUCCAGUGGGAUCGGGAUCGAGAGACCAUGGAAGCAGUUCCUUUCACAGUUGAAUCUCUUCUUGAGUCAUCCUACAAAUUUGGCGAGGACGUUGUCUUAGUUGGGGGAAAGUCGCUGACGACCUACGGGCUGAGCUCAUACUCAGGGAAGGUGAAGUACAUCUGCUCAGCUAUGGGCUGUCGCCGGUGGGAUGACGAUGAAACAGAACAGGAGGAGACGCUCCUGUUACACCGAACCCAGAAAACAGUCCGUGCUGUUGGGCCACGCAGUGGGAAUGAAAAGUGGAAUUUCAGCGUUGGUCACUUCGAGCUGCGCUACGUCCCAGAUAUCGAAACUAGAGCGGGAUAUAUUGAGAGCAAUUUUAAAUCAAAUAUGAACAAAGAAGAAACAAAAAUUAUUUCGGAUGUGGAUGAGCAGGAAGCUAUGAUGAAAGACACAGUGAUAAAGGUCUCAGUAGCUGACUGGAAGGUGAUGGCUUUUAACAAACGAGGAGGACAUCUGGAAUGGGAAUACCAGUUUUGCACUCCAAUUGCUUCUGCGUGGCUGGUUAAGGAUGGCAAAGUAAUUCCGAUCAGUCUGUUUGAUGACACAAGUUACACUGCGAACAAUGAAGUACUGGAAGAUGAAGAAGAUCUUGUGGAAGCUGCCAGAGGGGCCACAGAAUCCAGCGUCUACUUGGGUAUGUACAGGGGCCAGUUGUAUCUUCAGUCAUCAGUCAGAAUUUCUGAGAAAUUCCCAACCAACCCAAAGGCUCUGGAAUCCAGGAACGAUAAUGCAAUUAUUCCUCUUCCCAAAAUCAAAUGGAAACCUUUAAUCC